UGCGAGAUGUGGCAACCCUGAUGACGACAUGUUCUACGUCAGCUUUAGCUGACUUCAACUGUUCCUCAAAAAAUUCAAACCUCUCCCAUUUUUUGUCCAAAAACGAUUUGUUUAAAAAGCUGGGAACCAUGUAAUCGUUCACUGAUAGACGGUAAAUUUCUUGAGUAAACAUGACCUCACUGUCAUCAUCAUCUCAACUAAUGGGGUCAAGCUCAACAUGUAGGGCUCUACCAGGGGAGGGGAGUCAGGUCCAUCCCAAGGCUCCGCUCCUGCAGAUACUAAGAGUAGCAGGUGCACAGGAGGAGGUGUUUACCCUGAAAGAGGUCAUGCACUACCUAGGUCAGUAUAUUAUGAUGAAGCAGCUGUAUGACAAACAGAGGCAGCACAUCGUCCACUGUCAAGAUGACCCACUUGGAGAGCUGUUGGAAGUAGGGAGCUUUUCUGUUAAGAACCCCAGCCCUGUGUAUGAGAUGUUGAAGAGGAAUUUGUUUACAUUGAAUAGUCCGGAUGGAGCAAAGAAUCUUUCAGUCGGCAAGGAUUCUAAUGAGUCUCCAAGUGAAGAUCCUGGUCAGGUGUCGAGUGGGCCAAAUAGCUCUGGUCAGGCUCUCAACGCUGGUAGUGCCAGCACCAGUGCAACGCAGAGCUCCUCACAGCGCAGGCCACGCGAUCCUGAUGAAGACUCCUCAGAUGGAUUAUCCAGGUCUGUUUGUAAGCGGCCAAAGUUGGAUGUGACUCUGGAAGAGUGGGACCUUUCUGGGUUGCCCUGGUGGUUUCUGGGUAACCUGCGAAGUAAUUACACUCGCUGCAGCAAUGGUUCGACAGAUAUCCACACCAAUCAACUCUCUCCUGGACAGGACGAGGACACUGCUAUCGUGUCUGACACCACAGAUGAUCUGUGGUUCCUGAAUGAGGCGGAGAGCGAGCAGGUAAGCGUGGAGAUGAAGGAGGCUGUGUUGGAGCAGGGCAGUGAUGCAGAGUCUCCACAUGAAGAAGAGGAGACUGGGAAAGACAGUAAAGAGGACAGAAAGAUGCAAGAAGAACAGGAUGAGGACUCUCAGUGUUUGAGUGAUGACACUGAUACUGAGAUCUCCACACAGGAUGCAUGGCAAUGUUCUGAGUGCCGUAAAUUCAACACCCCGCUUCAACGGUACUGCAUGCGCUGCUGGGCUCUGCGAAAAGACUGGUACAAGGACUGUACCAGACUCUCUGUGCCUGACAUACCCACUUGCAGUUCACAUCCUCAGAGAUAUGAUGAUAAGGAGGAUGAUGAUGGAAUCGACAUGCCUGAUUGCCUCAGGACUGUGUCUGACCCAGUCGUCCUCCCUUCACACCAUGUCUCUCGAAACAUCCCCCCUUCGUCCUCUUUCUUGUCUAAAGGAAAGGGUCCUUCCCAGCUUCACCAACACUCUCAAGAGAGCUCAGAGGGUGACAGCCAGGACACACUGGACAUGGAGACGGAAUGCCAACCGGAGGCCAUGCUGGAGCCCUGCAAGCUGUGUCGAGUGCGGCCGCGAAACGGCAACAUCAUCCAUGGCCGCACGGCUCACUUGAUCACCUGCUUCCCCUGUGCCCGCAAACUGCACAAAUUUCAUGCACCGUGCCCGGGCUGUGGCCAGGUUAUACAGAAGGUCAUCAAGACUUUCAUAGCAUGACCAAAAUGGGAAACAAAUUAAAGGAUCGCAUGUACUACACACACGCAAAUCUCCCUGUACAUACUGAAGGAUACUUGCUGGGCUAAAAUGAAAAUAUAGUACACUGCAUCUGUAACAAUUUUUAUUGUAUAGUAUAAAGCAAGUAUAAAACAAGUACACAUUAUGUACAGAAUGUAAUUUAACCUAUAUCUGUGUGAAACAGAAACUGACCUCAUAUUGCUGGUUCGCCGUUGUUUUGUUAGUGGCUUAUGAAAAAGUGAUCUGUUUCCAUCCUCUUUCUGUUAGGUGAAGGAGAGAGUUAGCCCACAUGACAUGCUACUGCCUGACAAAUGGGAAGGUAUGAAGGUAAAAAAAAUCAUAAUAGACCCAAAAGAAAGGCAUUGUUUUCAGAGAUGUGCUUGCAUCAACACUAUUCGAAUGCUAGCCAUUAGUACCUUGUACAGUCCAGACAGGCUGUUAUAGCUUGUGUCUAAAAGCCCUUUCAAUGUAUUUGACCAAUUUAUAGUGUAAAAAAAAGGAAUAUGAUUUAGUUUUUCCCCCUCCAAAAUGUCAGGCACUUUAAGACUAAAGCCCUAGGCAGCACUUCAGACUGUUGUUUUAUUGACCUGUUGGACUGGGAAAAGGUGCUUAAAACAGAUGUACGUGAAUAUUUAUUUAUUUAUAAUCUUUAAUUUUCGGAAGUGAUAUUCUGAUGGUAUGAACAGUCAACAGUUGCAUGGUAAGAAGAACCAGUUGUAUUACAGAUCACAAAGUAUUAAAACAUUUUGGUAAAGUACAGGAGCAACAGUUCUUUGUGGAAAAGCUUAGUUGUAGUCUGGUGUGUUGAAACCAUGGUUCUUGCUUCCUAACUCUUUUUUGCUUAAGAAGCGGCAGUUUCUUGUUCUAUUUGUUUUAUUGUUCUUAACCCUUGCUGUACCUGAAUAAAUCUGAUAUGUUAUUGAGGGCUAUUUGAUUUCUUCAGCCGUGCUUGGCUUCUCCAUCUGUGCCUUUUUUUUUCAGUUUCCCCCUUCCCCACAUGUACUUGUGCCUGUUUAUUGAAGUUUAUGAAACAUAAGGCAACAUGCGUGAAUGGAUUCUUUGAUCUUAAUAUUCAGAUGUUCUGUGUGGAGCUGCCAGGUGACAUGACAUUUAUGAGAAACCAAAAAAAAAGUGAUUUCAUCUGCCAUGCUUUUUUUGUUUAAAGACAUUAAAUAUUUUUAAAGGUCAUCUGUAUUUUGGCUGUGUUGUUAACUUAAAUUUACUGGAGCACUUCUGUUAAAAGUAAUUUGUGAGCGUAUGUGGGUUUUUAGGCGUACUAUCUUCUAUUCUUUGUCCUGUUUUAGGUUUCCAGUUCAAGGUGGUUUGAUUAGCUUCUGUUGUGAAUUCUGUUUAAUAAUGUCCUCAGCCACCAGAGGGUGAUGGAGUUUUUUUAUAUAUAUUCCACAUGCAGUAAAUACUUUGUACAGUUUUCUGUUUAGCUAAAAUAAUGCUUAUUUUUAGUCAACACUGUGUAAUGUACCAAAAUUGGGGAUGUGAGUACAGUAUUAGUAGUCCAUCUAAAUUUAACUGCACUAUGUUGUGUGGUACAAACACUGCUAUUUCACUGCCAUUAUGCCUCAUAUGAUGGAAUCUAAAAUUCAUCCUAAGUCAGUGCAAUUAUGUGAUGUUUAUUUGUUAGUUUUCUUUUUUCUGUUUUUGUUUUAUCCAAUCCAGAUUUAGUGUUAGAUUCUAUCUGAGCAGUAAUUAUUUUGGUUGUUUUUU